CUGGUUUCAUCAGUGCAGGUUGGGUGGCUGUAACAUGCUCCAUUUUGAGUUGUACCUAAAGCUUUCUUGGAGAUCUCGGCUGGUUCAGAGCAGCUACCUGCUUGUUUUAAAUGGAUUUCCUGCAGGGAGCUCAUUGAACCAACGCUUGAGUUCAUUUCUGUAGACAGCUCAAAGUGGUUAGUUGUGAACUGCAAGCUGGCACAGUUUGUUAAGUGCAUGUCUCAAAAAUUACCUUAGUCCAAGCAACCGAGCUAAGCUGUUGUGUUUAAAGCUUCUACUCUCUCUGAUUUCUGUACGUGCUGCUGAUCACUGAUAAGAUCUGGGCUUGGGAUCUCGCCAUCCCUGUUGGAACGUGGUACCUUGCCUUUGCUGUUGGCGCUACCACGUGGUCUGAAUUCCAAGGCAUUCUGCAUCCGAUUUUCUCAGGCUGAUUCAGAGGAAGUUGUGGAAGAGCAUCCACAAGAGCAAAGCUUCUCAGCAAAGAUGCCUCCAAAUGGGAAGGCCUUACAUUUUCACCCGUCAGUUCUGCAUUUUGGAAUGCAGUUACUGGGGUUACCCAGAGCUAAAAUGCUGCAUGCCUACAACCCUAGUAGAGAUAGAGAAGUUGUAGUGAAUUCAGUGUUUACAGCUACUAGACAGUUUCAUGUGUCUCCUGCUUAUAGCCGGGUGAUUCCAGCGAUGGGAAAAAUUUCUUUCAGAGUACUCUUCCUGCCAACAGAAGAAGGCAGUAUUGAAAGCUCAUUAUUUAUAAAUACCUCAUCUCAUGGAGUACUUUCAUAUCAGGUUUUUGGAACAGGAACUCUGACGUCUUCUCCAGAAGAACCUAGAGUGCAGCUAUCAAAUACCUACUUACUGCUUCCACACAUUCAAAACAUCCAGGCAUCACACACACUGGCAGAAACUACGAAUGCCAGUCUGUUACGUGUUCACCUUGAAUGCAGUUUACCUAAUGACGCAUAUCAGCAAGUUAAGAGUUGCUGUUUUAUGUCCGAUGACCCAAUGCUGCUAGAAAUGACCUUAACGGUAAGAAUGGAAAAUGACCAACAAGAUUUUGUGGAGCACAGACAAUACUUACUGGAGAAUCUUUUUGUAGUUUAUGUAGCAAUGGAAAAAACGAAGACCUCGGGUGAUUCCUCAGUAGAUGUGUACAUCAUGCAUUCUGGGAACAGCCUUGUGCAUAUACAGGAAAUACGGCAGUUGUCACAAAAAGACACAUCACCUGUGGAGUUUGAGCCAGUACUGCUAUCUUCAUCAUCUACUAACUUUACAAAAGUUGCUUCUAUUUCUUGUAAAGCUGCAUCCUGUGGCAGUGAAAGUCCUUAUGCUGACAACAAGAAGAAUAAUCUAUUGGAAGGCACUACAACACUAAGAGCCUGUCUUUCCUGUCCUGUGAUGGAAGGGUAUUUUGACGUAGAUCCUUCUGCAGCAUUGUUUCAUAUAGAACCACAUCAUAAUACUUCAGGAUUUUGGUCCAUAUGGUUUACAAACAAUUUUGACUUCAGCAUUGAACUGAAUGAAGUCUUCGUAGCCAGAGAAACGAAGAACAUUUUAAAGAUUCUGAACUUUGCCAAACCUUUGACUCUACCUCCAGGCUGCUGGAAUGUAUUUUCUUUGAAGCUCAGUGUGAAAGACGCUGUAACAAAUGUGCUUUCUAGUAUUUGUUUGGCCACAAAUGUGGGAGUAAUGUUUGAAAUACCUCUGCAGAUAUAUUCAACUGUGUCCAAGCAGGGAGAUCUUAAUUUUGAAGCGAUUGCCCACUGUGAUAUUCAGUGUUACUUGGGAAAGUCUGAUUCAGCAAAUCUGCUUUGGCAGAAGAGUCUCUCUCUGGACCGUUCUGCCUGGGAUGUGGAUUCUGAGCUUGCAAGUGAACUUUAUGAAAGAUGGCAAAAAAUAAGACGUGGGGAAGCCUGCAGGAGGAGUAUUUCAGGAUCGGCUCGCUUUAUUCAUCAGAAGAAGCCUGAAGAGGGGUUCUUUGCCUUUUUCUUGCCACGGUUGACUACAGAGCCUGGCCUUACGCUCAACUUCAGUGCCACAGCAGUUAAAAGUAGUAUGGUAAAAUAUUUCGUACUAAGAAACCCUUCAUCCUUCCCAGUUACGUUGCAGCUUCUGCCUCUUUCUCACUACCCUGAUCCCCAAGCUUCACUGGGUCUGCUCAAGAAAUGGUUUGACAUAAAUGUGCAAGCUAUUAAUUUCACAACCACUGAAUUCAGGCUCAUGGAUGAAUGUUCUCACAGGAAUGCACAUCAAGAGGAUCUCAUCAACAAGAAGUGCAGUUCUGAGCUGCUUUGGUUAAGUUUACAGCCACUGGAAACCAGAAAAGUUGGUGUAAUUUUUACACCAGUUGACUACAAAAGAGUAGCUUCCCUUAUUUUAAUCAGAAACAACUUGACUGUUCUGGACGUGGUCAAUGUAGAAGGCUUUGGAGCCAAAGAAUUGCUUAAAGUAGGGGGAAGACUGCCCGGUGCAGGAGGGUCUCUUCGAUUCAAGGUGCCAGAAGCUACACUAAUGGACUGCAGACGACAACUGAAAGACAGCAAGCAAAUUCUAUCCAUUACGAAGAACUUCAAAGUAGAGAAUAUUGGGCCUCUUCCUAUAACAAUUUCAUCAAUGAAAAUCAAUGGUUACAGUUGCCAAGGAUAUGGAUUUGAAGUGUUAGACUGUCAAGAAUUUUUCCUGGCUCAGAACUCAUCACGAGAGAUCAGCAUUGUAUUCACUCCUGACUUUACAUCUUCGUGGGUAAUCCGGGAGCUUACGCUGGUGACUGCUGCUGAUUUGGAGUUCCACUUCACGCUCAACGUGACUCUUCCUCACCAUCUGUUACCGCUAUGUGCGGAUGUGGUGCCAGGACCCAGCUGGGAAGAGUCUUUUUGGAGGCUUACUGUCCUCUUCGUAAGUUUGUCCCUGCUUGGAGUGAUUCUGAUAGCCUUCCAGCAAGCCCAGUACAUUCUAGCAGAGUUCAUGAAAUCAAGACAGAGGCCAAAUCCUAGUUCUUCACCGCAGCAGAACAGCAACUCUGUUGACGUAAUCAGCUCUGAUUCCUACAAGGGAAGCUGCAAGACAUUUAUGGAUUCCUAUAGUUCUUCAGAUAAAGGUAAAGGGAAGGGCUUCCUGUCUGUAGGCACUUCAUCCAGCCGAAGUCAGAAUGCAGCAAAGAGAAGUCCUGCGACCUACAGCCACUCUCAGAAGAAACACAAAUGUUCAGUUUACUACAGUAAGCAGAAACCAAACACAGCAGCUGGCAGUGCCAUUGCAGCUACUGAUGAGAAACAAAGUCAGAUUGCAGAGAACCAAAUCUCAGCACCAAAAGAGGACAUUUGCACUGAUGUUGUCAGUGAAAACUGGGUAACUCUAAAAUAUGCAAAUGGCAUAAAUGUUAACAAGAAUUUAACUCUUCCAGAAAACUUUCUGGGUAAAGAAGAAAGUGCACUGAAAAAUACAGUUCUCAUUAAAAAUACUUCUUCAGAAUGUGAUCUGAAAGAAGAUCUUCAAACAUGUAUGUUUCCUAAGGAAACUAACCUUAAAACUUCAGAAAAUCUAGUUGAGCUCAAAGAACAGGAGUUCUGUCCUGUGAAGAUGUCCAAGAAGCUACCUGAAAGUCACUUGUCCAGAAAUUCACCUCAGCAACAGCCAGAACUGCAAGAAAUUUCUAGGAAAAAUAGUGGGAAUAGCCAGCAAGUGCCUCUCAGGAAUGAAACAGAAAACUGUGAGACUUUGAAAAAGCAGAUCAACCUAAAGCCUUCCACGGAGAAAAAGAUUAAUAAAGGACCUAAGGAAGAGACUCCAUGCUGCGCAAAAGAGGAGAUUACUUCUUCUGAGCAAGAAGAUGCGUAUAGGAAGAAGAAACCUCAGGAGAAGAAGGAAGGAAAUGUACCAAAUAUGAAUUGGAAUAGAAAUAGAACAUCUAGAAAAAAUAAGAAGAAGAAUGUUAAUAUAUCUGCAAGGGUCCCUGAGCAGAGCGAGUUGAAGCAUAUGUGCAGUGAAUUUGAAAGGCCGGAUCUGAGAGCGAAUAUUGGAAUAAGAGCCUGGUGUCCUCAGGGUAACGGGGAAAAUUGUAAAGCAGACCAAAAAGCUGGGAGCUUGUCUAUACAAGGAGAAACAGAAAGCUUUUAUCAACGGACCAAAAAGAAGUGUUUGGAGAAGUUUUGUUCUGAUUCAAGCUCAGACUGUGGAAGUUCAUCGGGAAGCGUUCGUGCCAGUCGUGGGAGCUGGGGUAGCUGGAGCAGUACCAGCAGUUCAGAUGGAGAUAAAAAGCCCAUGAUUACUGCCAGGCAUUUUCUUCCAUCCAGAGAGAAUAUUUCACAAAAUGAUUUUCCAUCUGAAACUCCUAUCACUUUAAAUCUGUCUCAUAACAUCUGCAAUACCAGCAGAGACAUGAACAGCAUCCCCCAAUAUCCUGAAACCUUAUGUCCGAAUUUCACUGACAUAGCUGCAGAUCCCGACAAAAAUAAAGGUCUUUACCCAACAGGAGACUUGUGGCCUGCCCAGCCAGUCUGCCUGACAAACAGUUUAAACUACAACCUUGAGAAUAAUAUACCGUGCAUGAUCCAAGAAACCCCCUCUGUCCACAACAGCUUCAUCGACUGGAAUGCAGCUUGUGACAGCCAGUUUUCCAACAUGUAUUGUCCACUAGAGAUGAAUGAAUAUGGUGCUUUCCCAGAAGAAAACAUGAACUACCCCAGUGGCUUCCCGGGCACUGCAGCGGUACAGAAUACAGCCUUCAUUGACCAGAACUGUCCCUCCACCUGGAACGCGCCUCCCAACAUGCCACCUACCUGGGAGCCCGCCAGUUACGUCAACUCCACACCCUACCUCUCAAGCACCCGAAGCUUGUCUCCAAUGUCUGGACUUUUUGGUUCCAUCUGGGCACCCCAGAGUGAUAUUUAUGAAAGCUGCUGCCCCGUCAGUGCCACGACCCAACACUCAACCCACGUGGAGAACCAGGCAGUUAUGUGUAAGCAGGAAUACUAUCCGAGGUUUAACCCCUUCCGUGCCUACAUGAACUUGGACAUAUGGACUACAGCAGCCAAUCGAAAUGCAAAUUUCCCACUUUCGAGGGACUCGGGUUACUGUGGAAAUGUGUGAAAGGCAUUUGAUUUAAAAAUGUGAAUAAAGAUGCUUGCAAUUUUGAUUACUAGAGUAAGCUGGUUGUUGAAUAGAUUACAAUGUUGGUGGAUAUUUUGGCACUUUUAUAUUGAAAAUAAAUUUUUUUUUACUGAA